UCCCAUCACCCAGUAAUGAAUCAGUGCCGGGAACACACGAUACAGUCCGUCCCUGGCAGCUUGCCCCGAUUUGCACUCAGCGCCGAGACUUGCGCACCGCCCCACUCCUCCCGCGUUUGCACUCGAUCUCGAUCGCUGCUCUAUAAGUAUGAUGUCUCCAACCGUGAGCACAUUCAGCAACUCCGAGGGAAUAGAAGCGAACUAUCUGAGAAGCGGGGAAGACGGAGUAAAGCGUUAAGGAUGUCUGACACCCCAUGCACGUGUUACCAGAGCGGUUCUUGUAGCUGCGGAGACAACUGCAAGUGCCAAAACUGCAAAUGCACCUCGUGUAAGAAGAGCUGCUGCGCCUGUUGCCCGGUUGGCUGCAGCAAGUGUGCCCAGGGCUGCGUGUGCAAAGGACAAGCUGACAAGUGCAGUUGCUGUCAGUGACGGUGGUCACCCGGGACCAAGCAACACGCCUUGCUUUGUAACGUCGGCUGCUACAAUAGAUCUUUUGUAUGAUUAUUCACUGGGGGGGGGCGGGGUUUAUAAACAAGAAUGUUA